AUGGCAGCAUCACCUAAAACCUGGCUGAUCACUGGCGCCUCUUCGGGCCUCGGCAAGUCGCUUGCCCUGGCUGCCCUUGAAGCUGGCUACAAGGUUAUCGGAGCUACUCGCGACGUUGAUAAAGCUGAGAAGGCAUGUCCAGAAUUCUCAGCCAAGGGCGGAAUCUGGGUGGGGAUAGACCCUGCCGGAAAAGAUUCAUUUGAGAAGUUCGCCAGCUGCUCCCGAGAGCAUAAUGUUGAUGUUUUGGUCAAUAAUGCUGCGUAUGCUUUUAUCGGCGGCGUUGAGGAUACCAGUGAAGAUGAUAUUCGUGAUCAGAUGGAAGUUAACUUCUACGGGCCUCUCCGUGCAGUCCGGGCUUGUCUGCCGGUCAUGCAUGAGAGAGGCUCUGGUCAAGUCAUUUUGAUUAGUAGUGGUGCAGGAUUUAUAGCCCGGCCUGGACGAGGCACUUAUUCAUCAAGCAAGUUUGCCAUCGAGGCUAUUCAUGAGUCCCUCUCCUACGAAGUCAAAACACUUGGGAUCAAGGUCCUCAUAGUGGAGCCAGGAGCAUUUCGCACGCCCUUUGCUAGCCGAGUCCUUACCCCCGCUCAUCUUGAGAAAGGAUUCAGUGAGGGCUAUAACGGCACUGCGUUGGAGCAAACGCUCACUCUACAUCGGAAUUGGACAACGUCCACUCCGGAUUUCGUAAGGGGCGAUCCGGAUAAAGCGGCGCGGGCGAUCAUCCAGGCUACCGGUACGGGAUAUGACUAUCUUCGACUGCCCUUGGGGAAAGACUGCGUGGCUGCCUUGGAGGAUAAGAUUGGACAGCUGCGGAACGACCUGGAGGCGACUAGGGAGAUUGCCACGGCUACUGAUAUUGACUCAGUGGAAUAG